UCCAAAUCCCAUUUUCCUCAACUCACUCAAAACCCUAUAAACCUUCUCUCUCCAAAUUCACACGUUUUCUAAGCAAUGGCAAGGACAAAGCAAACAGCGAGGAAGUCUACCGGCGGGAAGGCGCCGAGGAAGCAGCUGGCGACGAAGGCCGCGCGGAAGUCGGCGCCGGCGACGGGGGGCGUGAAGAAGCCGCACAGGUUCAGGCCGGGGACGGUGGCGCUUCGGGAGAUCAGGAAGUACCAGAAGAGCACGGAGCUUCUGAUCAGGAAGCUGCCGUUCCAGAGGCUGGUGAGGGAGAUCGCGCAGGACUUCAAGACCGACCUGAGGUUUCAGAGCUCUGCCGUGGCCGCGCUGCAGGAGGCGGCCGAGGCGUACCUGGUGGGGUUGUUUGAGGACACGAAUCUGUGUGCGAUUCAUGCCAAGAGGGUUACGAUCAUGCCCAAGGACAUUCAGCUUGCGAGGAGGAUUCGUGGGGAGAGGGCCUAGGGUUCGAUGGGUAGAUAGAUGUAGAGAUCUGUCUUUAGGUCGUCGUUUGUUCAAGAAGACUGUUGUUCUUUGGCUCUAUUUGUAACUGAUCUGCUUUUGUUUGGUGAAUGAUGAUAUGAUGUUGAACCUAAUGAAAUCUAUUGUUCAAGAAUCA